AUGCCGGCCUUUGUGGUUCCCGCGCGCUCAGGAGCACAUCGCGUAGCUGCGAUCGCUCUCUACCGUGCUCUCUUGACACAAUGCUCCCCGGCUGCGUUCCCGCUGGCUGACGACCAGCGGAUCGUCUUGCGCAACAUCAUCCGCAACAAAUUCCGACGCAACCGCCAUGUCCACUCAACGCGGCUGCUCAAGCUGAGCUUCACGGCUGGCUAUGAGCUGCUCGACAUGCUGGCUCGAGCCUCCUCGUCCCCCGCCACAGCUACAUGUUCCGAUGAUGCAAAAGAGUCAGCAACACAGCUCGUGGCCAACCUCCUCGCAUCCGCACCUCCGCACCUCACCCGCUCGCCCACCGAUCCCAAUGCCCAACCGCGCGGACCCAAACGCCUCGAUCCCUCGCCCGAAGCCUGCCCGCCGCCGUCCGCCCGCACCCUCGCCAUCCGCCCUCUCCCCGCCACCGCCCUUGGCGGCACGGGCGUGCGGCGCGUGCCACGGCUGGUCUCGGCGAACACCUUCCCCAUGCUGCGCCUGCAGAAGCCGCAGCCGCGCAGCCUGUCGCGCGUGCUGACCGACAAGAUCAAGCAGCGCCAACGCCGCCUGGACGUGCGCUCCGAGGCCGCCGACUACUGGUCCGUACUCGCCCAGGACGAGGACGAGUGGGACCGGCUGCUGUGGGAGCGCGAGGGCGUGUCGCCUGCUGAUGGAGACGACAUGAUCAUCGAUGAGUGGCCCGAGGCCGAAGGGUCGUGGACCGAUGAGCCGCAGAGGGUUGUGAGGAUCAUAUCGGCCCAACUCGGCGUACAGAGGACGAGGACCGAGUGGACGGUGAAGAAGAUGCAGAACAUUGUGGACCGAGAAGCCGAGUUGGCGAAGGUGGAGAGGGAGGCGAGGAAGGUGAGGAGGGAGGUGGCGAGGAUGGGGAAAAAGAGGAUGAAAGACAUGGAGGCGAUUUUGGGGACGGAUAGCCCAGAUAGGCAAGGGGCCAAGCCGCUUUGA